AUGAAAAAGCUGGAUUUACUCCAAAAUAUUGCCACAGAGACUAGCGCAAAAGAGAUAAUAGACGAAAUAAGUGGAUAUAUUAUAGGAGACGACGUAGGGGUUACGGCAAAAUCAAUACAGACGGUGGCAAAGAUUGCUAUGCGGAUCAAAAAUACGUUGACCUAUUCGCUUGACAUUUUCAUGAAAUUAAUGGAAACAGGGAUUGAUGACAUCGUGUCCGGUAUUGUGACCGUCAUUGAAGGUCCCAAUGAAUUUGGUGAAUUGAUCUCGUCGGCGCUUCCUUCGGUAUGGUCCUCAAUCAACCUGAAAUCAUCGGCAGGACCUGCGUUCUUAAAUUUGCUGACAACUGUUGGAAGUUCAUUGCCAGAAUCUCCUUACAUUCUAGAAUCACUGAUUGAUGACAUUAAAAACUAUCCCAAUACACCGUUCCGCGUGCAACUUUUAAACUCGACGGUAUCAUUGUUUUUGAAGAGGCCGGCGGAAUGUCAAGGAAUGCUGGCCAAACUAUUCAAGAGUACCAUGGGGUCCACGGAGCGUCUCGAAGUUCGCGAAAGGGCCGAAUUCCUCUUUCGAAUGUUGAAAUAUGAUAUUGGUGCUGUAAGUAUCUUUUGUUUUAUAAGGGAACCGUCGGAUAUCCAUGCUGAAAAUUUUUGGUUAAUUGUUGGAUUAAAAAAGGUCAAGAAAAUCUUUUCAUAUGAACCUCCCGAAACGUUGAAAACUUUGGACAAAAAUAAUUCAUAUCAACAGAUUCGACCUUUGCAUGAAUUCAACACGCUUUCAAUAAUACAUGGAAAACCACAAGAACAAGUUAUCGCCGAAAGUGCCGAGUUUUCUAUUCAAAGGGAAAAAAUGACAUCGUAUCAUGAUACCCUAGAUUUUGAUGAGGUGUUAAUGGAUUUUUCUGGUGAAAGCCUUAUUAAGGUCGCAAAAGUCGACAACUAUGAAUUGUCCAUGAAGGUUAUUGAUGCGAAACUUUCGACUAGAGUUGAAAAGGAGGUAUCGAUCGCAGAAUUAUCAACCUUGCUCAUGGCGUCAGAUAUAAUGCUGAAGAAUGUCGAGUGUACUCUUGAGGAGAACAGCAUAAUGGUCAUGGCAUCAGGAGAUACGAAUGGUGCAUUGAAACUUUUCCUGUAUGCGCAAGAGGCGAAUUCUCAGGAAUUAUCAUUAUGCGGAUUAAAAAUUAACGUCCAAUCUGCGCAAGUUAAUAUAUGUAUUAAAUCGGGAUAUUUGUCGCAAAACACGUCAACGGUUGACGUUGGAGAUAGUCACGAAGUUGCCAAAAUGGACGGGGUCUCACCGUUUUCGAACUUUUUAUCAGAGCGUUUGAUCUACUGUCUAAAGAACUUGGGAAAUUUUGAUCUAAUUUAG